AUGGCGGAACAGGGUCUCUUCUCCUCAGAUCUCAUCUGCCCCGAUGUCGCCGCAGCCCUGCCCGAUGGCUACAAGAUUCGAGCGCUCGAGCGUAGCGAUUACGAUGCCGGUUUCCUCGACUGCUUGAGGGUGCUGACGACCGUCGGUGACAUCAGCAAGGAGGCAUUCGACCAGCAAUAUGAGUCGCUAAAGAAGAAGAGCGAUGUGUACUACAUUCUAGUCAUUGAGGACUCUAGCAGCGGCAAGCCUGUGGUCGUGGGAACUGGCGCCGUCGUUAUUGAGCAGAAAUUUAUCCAUGCACUCGCAAAGGUCGGCCAUAUUGAAGACAUUGCAGUGGCCAAGAACCAGCAGGGCAAGAAGCUGGGUCUGCGCUUGAUCCAGGCGCUCGACUUCAUCGCCGAGAAGGUCGGCUGCUACAAGACGAUUCUCGACUGCAGCGAGGCCAACGAGGGCUUCUACGUCAAGUGUGGCUUUAGGAGAGCCGGCCUGCAGAUGGCUCACUACUACGAAGAAAAGAGUAAGACCCACUGA